AUGAUUCCUUCGAUAUCGUCCUUGGCAGGGGUGGGUCACGGCCUCGCAGCCAGGCCGGCAGUGCACAUGCCAGCGCUCGACGACUUCUACUCGCUCGCUGCCGCCGCAGUCUGUCUGGCCGUGCUCGGCAUCCUUGCUCUCGUACUCCUCACCACUUCGUCACCAUCUCCGCAUGGAUACACCAGGCUAGACACCGAUGCAGAGUCACCGUCGCUGCCAACACUCGACGACGACAACGGCGAGAACGAGGUGCAAGGAUACGCCUUUGAGCUGCGCAAGGCGCAUGGCACUCCACUCGAUACCCAGGCGUUCGAACGCCACAGACUGCUCGUUCACAUCGCCAUCGCCGUCCUCGCCGUGGUCGGGCUCGCGCUAGAUGCAGCUGCGAUCGUUCAGCUUGUGCUGGCGAGCGAUGAAAUUCCAUCCUCGCUGUACCUGGCUUCGGCCUCGGCAGGGCUGCAUACAGUGCAGGUCGUACUGUCCAUGCUCGAUUUGAGGCUGGCAGAAGCGACGAGGCUGGCGUACAUCUCGCUGCUCGCCUUCGUCUGGCUGCUCGUAAAGCUGCUCGUCGCACUGUCCGAGUACCGACUCAGGCUGCCCAUUCACGCCGCCGACGCAGGUCAGCUGCUGUUUACACUCAACGUACUCUGCGGUACCAUCGGCUUGGUCGUCGCCUUCAUCUCGCCCUCGGGCCCGAAGGUGAUGGUGGAUGCAACACAGAAUCUCACCGCACGCCAGAUCCUGCGCAACACGGUGGGCGGUGGAUCCGUAGCACAAAACGCUUGGGGCUUCAAGGCCUUCCCCGUCGUCAAGCAGGCUCAUACCAAAGGCAGGAUCGAGGAGGAUGACGUACCCGCGCUCGAUUACACCUACAAGUCGGCGUACGUCGCGGAAGAGAUGAUCCGAAAGUAUCGUCAGCUCCUCGCUGCGUCCACCGCCAAGAAUCCGGCGGCGGGUCGUAGCGAUGCAGUCAAGGCCCGUGUGCUGCUGAGCUCGCUUAUCGCGUGCAAUGCCGCUGAGCUCAAAGCUACCGCGGUCGUACUCGUCAUCACCACAUUUUCGUUCUACUUCCCCAAGCUCGGCAUGAGCAUCUUGCUCAACGGCAUCGAACAGUACGAUCAAACCCUCAAAGGUCCGAAUGCGAUCAAGGAUACCGUGCCAAACAGGGCUCGUGCAACGCUCAUCUAUUCGGCAGUCUUUUACCUCACCCUGCUGUGGGAAGGAUUCAUCGUGUACUACUACUUCCGUCCGCUCGGAACCUACCUCAAGACUAAAGUGCAGACCCAGCUCACAACGCUCCUUGCAUGGAAGCGGUUGCGCCAGAAAGAAGCCUCGGCUCCCUCUGGUGCUGACGAUGCAGAGGAUGCAAAGGAGGCUGGAAACGACGAGGGCGAAGCGUCGGCAAGUUCGUCGUCGCAAGUGAUCAAUCUCGUCACCACGGAUGCCAAUCGCAUCUUUUCGCACAUCGAUAUGUUCAGCUUUGGCAUCAUGGGUCCGCUCGAGGUGUUCGUGGGUGGAUGGUCAGCGUACUACCUUCUUGGCAAUGGUGCACUGAUGGGUCUGCUGGUGGCAGCACUUAUGCAGCCCAUCGCCAUCCUGAUCGGACGCAUCACGGAGCGCAUCGACGACAAGCUGCAAAAGUCGCGCGACAAGCGCGUCAUGCUGCUCUCCGAAGCCAUCCGUGCCAUCCGCAUGAUCAAGUACGAGGCAUGGGAGGACGAUAUGGCCGCACGCAUCAUGCACACCCGCCGCGCAGAACUCAAGUGCCAGGCACAGAGCUGGAUCGUCUUCACCUUCUUUGGCGGCUUCUUUGCCUUUGUGCCCAUGCUCACCAUCGUCGUCGCUUUUGCUUGGUACACGGUCGUUGAGGGCCAGCAGCUCACUGCGUCAGUAGCCUUCCCCGCCGUGGCGGUGCUCAUGGAGCUAAGGUUUGCUGUCAGCUAUCUGCCCAGCAACUUCCUCAUGAUCAUCCAGGGUUGGGUCUCGCUCAAGCGCAUUGCUGCCUAUCUCGAAACUGGCGAAGUCGAGCUCAAGACGGGCGAGUACACGCCAGCCACUAGAAACGGAGCCGACAACCCUGCUGGCGCAUCGAGCUCGGUCGGCCGCAUCGCGCUCAAGAACGCCGAAAUCACCUGGCCUUCGGAAGGCGAUGCCUCGGCAGCUUCGGGAGCAGCCACUCCAGGCCGCUUCUCGCUCUCGAUCCCCGAGGCGACGUUCGAGGUGGGCAAGACCAACCUCGUGUGCGGCAAGAUCGGAUCGGGCAAGACGCUGCUUCUGCUUUCGCUGCUUGGCGAGGCCCAGCUGACGUCCGGCAGCAUCGAGUGUCCGCGCUCGCACCCCGCUGCAUCGCUGUACGCCGUGCGCUCUGCAUCUUCGCAUCGCCGCGCCAAGUGGUGGAUCGACCUGUCGCUCGCUGCGUAUGCGCCGCAGCGUCCGUUCCUCUUCAACGCCACCGUACGCGACAACAUCAUCUUUGGCCUCGAGUACGAUGCGCACCGCUACCGCGCCGUCAUCUUUGCGUGUGGCCUCAAACCGGAUCUCAAGAUCUUCAAGGACGGCGACCGCACCGAGAUCGGCGAGGGAGGCACCAACCUCUCGGGCGGACAGAAGGCGAGGAUCUCACUCGCUAGGGCCGUCUACUCGCAUGCAGGGACCGUGUUGAUCGACGACUGCCUCUCGGCGCUCGACUCGCACACCACAAAGCACAUUUGCGAAAAGCUAUUCGAUGGAGGAGAAUCGGGUUUGCUGGCGGGAAGGACUACCGUGCUUGUGACGCACCAUGUCAAGCUCAUGGCGAGCAGGUGCAGCAAGGUGCUUGUGCUGCAGGAAGGCAGGCAGGCAUUCUUUGGCAGCGCCGACCAGUUUACCAACUCGAUCUUUUUCCAGCUAGAGAGCGAGCAGAGCGCUGCCGAAAAGGACGACGAGGAACACGUGCCGAGCUUCGGAUCCAACACCUCCACUGCGGCCAACUCGGCCGCUAACAGCGACGAGGAAGACGAGGCGCUGCUCAACCCUGCCAACGUCGGCGAUGGCAAGGGUGCAAAUGCCUCCGAGUUUUCGGUGCAUACGGUUGGCGCGGAGGCUGGCAGGACCACUCUGCGACGAAGGGCUUCCGUCUCGGCCUUUAGCCACGUCUCGGGCCUGCUGGACGGCGCGGCCGAGGGCGAAGAGGGCCAAGGCGAUGUGCACAAGCAGGUCACCGAAGAGACGCGCAAGCAGGGCCGUGUCUCGUUCGCGGUCUACAGUGGAUACGUCCGUGCUGGCGGCGGCCUGCUCGUGUGGCUGCUGCUGCUGGGCUCUUUCGCCGCCAAUGCCUUUUCCGACCUGGGUGCCAACUGGUGGUUGCGGCUGUGGGCUCAGUCGACGGCGGAUGGCGAUGCGGGCAUCGAGCGCGCCGAGCACUCGACCGAGUGGUGGCUCUCGCGCUGGAUGCUCAUCCAGUCCGUCCAGGUGGUCGUGCUCACCGCCGGAUACGCUCUCGUCUGCACCGCCUCGCUGCUGGCCGGCAGCCGGCUCUUCAAGCAGCUGCUGCGAACCGUGCUUCGUGCGCCGCUGCGCUUCCACGACUCGACACCCUCCGGACGUCUGCUCAACAGGUUCGGCAGAGACAUGGAGCAGAUCGACUCGUCCAUCGCCGAGGAGCUCACGGAUGCAGCAAAGUCGCUCCUCAUGGCUCUCGCCGCGCUGGUCGCAACGUGGAUCGGAGGCGGCCCGAUUUUGAUCGUCAUGCUCUUCUUCAUGGCACCGGUCUUCUACGUGCUCGUGUCGACAUUCACCAUUGCCGCGCGCGACCUCAAGCGGCUCGACUCGAACUCGGCGUCGAAGCGCAUCACGUGCUUUACGGAUCUGAUCACGGGCGUGGUGACCAUCCGUGCCUUUGGCUCGUCGGCAGCGUACUAUGCCACGCUCAUGGAGAGGCUGGAUGAAAACAUGAUGUUCUACUUCUGGCAGGGCUAUGUGCGACAGUGGCAGAGCCUGCUCUUCUCGCUCGCCACCUCGGGCUUUGUCAUCUCAACCGUGCUCGUCGUGACGCUCGUACCCGGCUCGUCAGCUGCUCGAGCGGGUUUCACGCUCAGCUUCGUGCAGAACCUCACCUCGAUGCUCCAGUUCGGUCUGCGCUCCAUGUCCAACGUCGAGCAGGGCCUCGUGGCCGUCGAGCGUGUGAUGGAGUACUUUGACAUCGACACCGAGCCGCUCGAUGCGCCUCCGCAGUCGGCAGGCGGCGAGAUCAAGGUCGCCCCGAACUGGCCCGAUAAGGGUGCCAUCGAGAUCCAGGAUCUGCACCUCGCAUAUGCCGACAACCUGCCGGAUGUGCUCGAUGGAAUCACUCUCUCGAUCGGCGCGGGUGAACGCGUGGGCAUCGUAGGCGCAACCGGCAGUGGCAAGUCGACACUCGUCUCGGCACUCUUCCGAUUCUUCGAGUACCGCAGCGGCAGCAUCGUGAUCGACGGCGUCGAUAUUGGCAGGCUGGGUCUCAAGACGCUGCGCAGCAGGAUGAAGAUCGUUCCGCAAGACCCGCUGAUUCUGUCAGGCACGCUGCGUAGUGCCGUCGAUCCGCUCGAGCAGUACUCGGACGUCGACAUCAGCCGAAUCCUCGUCCGCGUCGGUCUGCUCAAGGAAAAACUCCCUGCCGCCGCAGGAUACGGCACUUUCAACGGUGCUGGUUCGGUCCCCAACCUCGCCGGUGGAAGCACGAGCUCAUCGACGCUGCUCGCUGCACAGGAAGAGUCGUCCGACGACUCCGGGAUGCUCACCUCGCUCGAGGCGCGCAUCGAGGAGAGCGGAACCAACCUCUCGGCUGGCCAAAAGCAGCUCCUGUCACUCUCGCGUAUCCUGCUCUCGGCAUCGAACCCCGAGAAUGCAAACUCGAUCGUCGUGCUGGACGAGUCGACAUCGUCGAUCGACUACGCCACCGACGCCAAGAUCCAGACGCUGCUCAACGAGCACUUUGCCGCACACAAUACCACUGUGCUCGCCAUCGCCCACCGCCUCAGGUCGAUCAUCGGCUUUGAUACCGUCGUCGUUUUGGAUCACGGCAAGGUCGUCGAAAAGGGCUCGCCGCGUGAGUUGCUCAUGCGCGACGACGGCUGGUUCUGCCGCCUCGCUACCAGCACGGGAGAGGACGAGCUGGGCGCCCUCAGGAAGGCGGCUGGCCUUUGA